AUGGCUUCCAAACCCAAAGUUUUCAUGAUCGGCCCCGGCCUCAUCGGAUGGAACAUUCUUGAGUCGCUCGUCGACCAAGGCUACUCAGUAACCGCCCUAACACGACGGGAGCAACACGCCGCCGGGAUCCGACAAUCCGGCGGCCAAGCAGUAAUGGGCACGCUAGACGAUCUGGACUUGAUCACUUCGCACAGCGCGGCCAGCGACAUUAUUUUUCAAUGCGCGACGGGCGACAACCUGGCGCUCGAGCAGGCGAUACUGAAGGCAGCUCGCCAACGAGCCGCCCGCUCUCAAAGGACCAUCUACGUACACACGAGCGGGGCGAAAGUGUUUGACGACGGUGCAAAGGGCAUGUUUGCGUCGGAGAAAAUCUACCACGACGACAACCGCAGUGAUAUGGGCAAUGUGCCUGACGACGCGCCGCACCGGGAUGUGGACUUGAUGUUGGUCAAGGCACAAGAGUCUAACGAGUUACGUGGGUUUCUGAGAUUGGCUAUCGUCUUGCCGCCCGAGGUGUAUGGCUACGAUGAGAAACAUGAUCGGUUGUCCAUCAUGUUUCCGAAUAUGACUCGGUUUGCGCUGAAACAUGGCUAUGCGCCUGUUAUUGGCGAGGGGGUGUCGCUUGAGACACAGGUCCAUUAUCGGGAUCUUGUGCGUGGAUAUGUGGAUAUUAUGCAUUAUUUGGAAAAGGAAGAUGAUGCCAAUCCGUAUUGGUUGUGUGAGAAUGGGAAAGAGUUCUCGUGGAAAGAAGCCGCCGAAGUUAUUGGAAAGGCUCUUUAUGACCGGGGGCAAAUUACGGAUCCAACCCCCAAACAACCCCCCAAGGAGCUGUACUCGGAAUUAUGUGGUGGGAAGACGGAGAGUUAUAUGGGUCUCAAUUGUCGGGCUAGGGCGGUCAGGUUAAGAAAACUUGGCUGGGAGGCCAAAGAAAAGGGAAUCUGGGAGUCGUAUCUUGAAGAUGAGUUGCCUGUUAUUUUGAGGAGGGCGGAGAAAUAG